AUGACCGCUCUGGAGGAGUUCCAAGAACGCGACAGCGGCUGGGCGUUGACGCAAAUACUAAACCUCACAGGACACGGAUACGUGCCGCUGCAUCUCACGUCGAACAAAAAAGAGAAGCAUGUGAAUCUACUGUAUGUUCCCGAUCAACACAAUGGACACGUGGGACACUUUGCGUGGAUAAAAAAUUUAUCGCGUUUCGUCAGCUCGCAAUUGAGCAAAAGGAAGACAGCACAGUACAUAUGCGAUCGAUGUCUACACUACUUCCACACAAGCGAUAAGCUGGCGGUACACACUGUGGAUUAUGAACGAUUGAACAACAGCGCAGUCGUUCUUCCCGCUGAGGAAAAGAACUGUUUGAAAUUUGAGAAUUACAACAACAAGGAACGGGUUCCAAUGGUGGUGUACGCCGACUUGGAGUGCGUACUCGAGAAUCAGGACAAAGCAGUCGUCGACAAAUUGUUGGAAACCAGUCUGCCACCGCGCGAGGCGUUUUACAGUUCGCUGACCGGCGACACUGUGACGGAGAGCAAGUACGCGCACGCGACGAACAUGUGGCAACGAUUCAACAUCGACAAUUUGGGAUCUUACAGCGACCUGUAUCUGAAGACAGACGUACUUUUGCUGGCCGAUGUAUUCAAAAACUUUCGUCGCGAGUGCCUCGCGAGUUACGGACUGGAUCUCGCGCACUUCUACACGCUGCCGGGAUAUACAUUGGACGCUAUGUUGAAGUACACCUGUGUGACGUUCAAGCUGCUGACUGACAUCGACAUGGUAAUGUACGUGGAACGCGGCGUACGCGGCGGUUUGAGUCAAUGUUCAAACAGAUACGCCCGCGCCAACAACAGAUACGCGCGUUCGCACGAUCUAUCCGAACCGUCGUCGUAUCUGAUGUACUACGACGUUAACAAUCUCUACGGAUGGGCGAUGUGUCAACCGCUUCCAUAUGGUAACUUUGCGUGGGUGGAGAACGCGUACGAGUUCAAUGGGACAACGGUAGCGGCGGACAGCAACGUUGGCUACAUACUCGAGGUCGAUCUGACGUAUCCGAAAGAACUGCACGACGCGCACAGAGAUCUACCCUUUUGUCCAACGCGUGAGGAGCCGCCUGGUAAACAUGGAAAAAAUCACGUCAAACUGCUCGCCACAGUGUUCAACAAGAAGCGAUACGUGAUUCACUACCUCAACCUGCAGCAGUGUCUGCGAUACGGGCUUCGCUUGACGCGAAUACAUCGAAUACUGCGGUUCUCGCAAUCGCCUUGGCUGCGCGGAUACAUCGAACUGAAUACCCGAUUCCGCGCGAACGCCACCAACGAGUUUGCAAAAAAUUUUUAUAAACUUAUGAACAACGCGGUGUUCGGCAAGACAAUGAAGAACGUGCGCAAGUACACCGACGUACGACUCGUUACAAAAUGGGAAGGACGAUGCGGUGCGGAGGCGCUAAUUGCAAAACCAAACUUCCACAGUUGCAGCGUGUUCGCUGAAGAUUUAGUGGCAAUAGAACUGCGUCGUCUGGAAGUUUUAUUCAACAAACCGUUGUACGUUGGUAUGUGCAUACUCGACAUAUCAAAGACCUGUCUGUAUGAAUUCCAUUACGACUACAUGGCGCCGUUGUACGGUUACGAUUGCAAGAUCCUCUACACCGAUACCGACAGUUUAAUAUACCACAUAAAAUGCGAGGAUGGAUACGAGGAUGUGAAGCGCGAUAUCGCUCGCUUCGAUACGAGCGACUAUCCAGCGGACAAUCUAUACAACAUGCCUCGCGCAAACAAGAAGGUACCGGGACUUAUGAAGGAUGAGAACAACGGUGCUGUUAUGACGGAGUUUGUGGGUUUGCGCGCAAAGAUGUACGCGACUCAAGUGGGCGACAGCAAGUGCACGAAGAAGUUGCACGAGGUGUUUACCAUGUCGGAACGGAAGCUUGCUCUGAGCCCGCACGACGACAAUCGGUACAUCAUCCAUGGAUCGACCGACACCUUACCGUGGGGCCACUACAAGAUCCCUAACUUAGACUAG